AUGUACGCCGGCUUACCUUGGCAAUGAAAGUGAAAUGGACGCACUGCACACAUACGUAUAAAAACCGGAGCACUCCUAGCCGAAAUUAUUCAGUUGCCAACUUUAGAACCAGCAACAUGUACGCCAAGGUGAUCGUAGCUCUGUGCGCCGUGGGCAUGGUCCGCGCUGGAGGUCUCCUCGCAGCAGCUCCAGUGGCCUACUCCGCUCCCAUCAUCACCAAAACCAUCACCCCGGCGGUGUCCUCCGUGUCCUCCUACUCCACACACACCGCGCACGGUAGCCCGGUCGCUGCGUACGCCGCUGCCCCCGUCGCCACCUAUGCCGCCGCUGCCCCCGUCGCGUACGCCGCCAAGACUUAUGCCGCUCCCGCCAUCGCGACUUACGCCGCUGCCCCCGUGGUGACCAAGACCAUCACCCCCGCCGUGUCCUCCGUGUCGUCUUACUCGACCCACACCUCUCACGGUUCCCCCGUGGCCACUUACGCUGCCGCCCCCGUAUCCUACGCCGCUCCCGCAGCCUACGCCGCUCCCGCAGCCUACGCCGCUCCCGCAGCCUACGCCGCUCCCGCAGCCUACGCCGCUCCCGCAGCCUACGCCGCUCCCGCAGCCUAUGCCGCUCCCGCCGUAGCCGCGUACUCCGCCCCCAUUGUUACCAAGACAAUCACCCCUGCUGUGUCCUCCGUGUCCUCUUACUCUUCCCACACCGCCCACGGUUCCCCCGUUGUGGCUUCUUACGCCGCUGCCCCCGCCGUGGCCACUUAUGCCGCUGCCCCCGCCAUCUCCACAUACGCCGCUCCCGCCAUCUCUACCUACGCCCACGCCGCUCCCGUCCUGAAGUCGGCUGUGGCCUACUCCGCCGCCCCCGCAGUAUCUCACCUCUCCUACAGCGGACUCGGUGCUCAAUAUGGUUGCAACAUGUACGCUAAGGUGAUCGUAGCUCUGUGCGCCGUGGGCAUGGUCCGCGCUGGAGGUCUCCUCGCAGCAGCUCCAGUGGCCUACUCCGCUCCCGUCAUCACCAAGACCAUCACCCCGGCGGUGUCCUCCGUGUCCUCCUACUCCACACACACCGCGCACGGUAGCCCGGUCGCUGCGUACGCCGCUGCCCCCGUCGCCACCUAUGCCGCCGCUGCCCCCGUCGCGUACGCCGCCAAGACUUAUGCCGCUCCCGCCAUCGCGACUUACGCCGCUGCCCCCGUGGUGACCAAGACCAUCACCCCCGCCGUGUCCUCCGUGUCGUCUUACUCGACCCACACCUCUCACGGUUCCCCCGUUGCCACUUACGCUGCCGCCCCCGUGGUCGCUAAGGCCUACGCUCCCGUAUCUUACGCCGCUCCCGUAUCCUACGCCGCUCCCGCAGCCUACGCCGCUCCCGCAGCCUACGCCGCUCCCGCAGCCUACGCCGCUCCCGCAGCCUACGCCGCUCCCGCAGCCUACGCCGCUCCCGCCGUGGCCGCGUACGCCGCCCCCGUUGUCACCAAGACAAUCACCCCUGCUGUGUCCUCCGUGUCCUCUUACUCUUCCCACACCGCCCACGGUUCCCCCGUUGUGGCUUCUUACGCCGCUGCCCCUGCCGUGGCUACUUAUGCCGCUGCCCCCGCCAUCUCCACAUACGCCGCUCCCGCCAUCUCUACCUACGCCCACGCCGCUCCCGUCCUGAAGUCGGCUGUGGCCUACUCCGCCGCUCCCGCGGUAUCUCACCUCUCCUACAGCGGACUCGGUGCUCAAUAUGGCUGGUAAACUGAAUCCCAUGAAACUUUUGUAAAUAGAUAU